AUGUCAGCUACGCCCAGCUCCGACAAGGACUACAGUAAGGUAAGAGGGAAUUGAGGGUUGGAAGAAAUUGGUAUUAUUUUAAAAUUUUUUAUAUUACACUAGAUAAAGUUGGAUAGUAGCUGUGAAUUUUUGUUAUGAAGAUAAUGUUUAGAUCCUGGAAACCCUCCGUGAAGGCUUCGAGAGUGGCGCGAACGCCUCGUUGGAGAAUCGCAAGGCCAAUUUGACCGCACUGAAACAUCUGAUCGUGGAGAAUGAAGACGCGAUUUGUGAAGCACUUUGGGCCGAUUUGUAUAAAGUAAGGUGUUUUUGAGCAGUUUUAGAGAGUAUACUUGGAUAAAACAGAAACAUUUUUAAUCCUUAAAAAGAGAUUUCUGCCGAAAAUUUAAGAUUUUUUAACCGUGUCAUCAAUUUUGCCCUAUUAUUUGAAAAAAAUUGAAUAUCUCAAAAAUGCCUGCAGGGCAUGAUCUGAAAUUUUUAGUGAAUAAAAUGUGAAGCAUUUAGAGGACUGCUGCAAAAUUUGAAGAAAAUCGACAGAGGCAAUUUUGAGUUGUUGACCUCCGAAAAUCAAUGUCUACUACAAUAUCGCAAUUUUUUUGAAUAUCUCAAAAUUGUCUGCAGGGCAUGAUCUGAAAUUUUUAGUGAAUAAAAUAUGAAGCAUUUAGAGGACUGCUGCAAAAUUUGAAGAAAAUCGGCCGAAUAAAUUUUGAGUUGUUGACUUCCGAAAAUCACUGUCUACUACAAUAUCGCAAUUUUUUUGAAUAUCUCAAAAUUGUCUGCAGGGCAUGAUCUGAAAUUUUUAGUGAAUAAAAUAUGAAGCAUUUAGAGGACUGCUGCAAAAUUUGAAGAAAAUCGGCCGAAUAAAUUUUGAGUUGUUGACUUCCGAAAAUCACUGUCUACUACAAUAUCGCAAUUUUUUUGAAUAUCUCAAAAUUGUCUGCAGGGCAUGAUCUGAAAUUUUUAGUGAAUAAAAUAUGAAGCAUUUAGAGGACUGCUGCAAAAUUUGAAGAAAAUCGGCCGAAUAAAUUUUGAGUUGUUGACUUCCGAAAAUCACUGUCUACUACAAUAUCGCAAUUUUUUUGAAUAUCUCAAAAAUGUCUACAGGGCAUGAUCUGAAAUUUUUAGUGAAUAAAAUAUGAAGCGUCCAGAGAACUGCUGCAAAAUUUGAGGGAAAUCGGUUGAAACAUUUUUAAGUUGUUGACCUCCGAAAAUCAAUGUCUACUACAAUAUCCGAAACUUUUUUAUAACCCCUCUAAGAUUCCUCUCCUUUUCCAGAGUCAAUUCGAAUCGGUUGCCCACGAAACCAGCCACACUGUCAACGAGAUCAACACCGCCAUUUCGAAUCUAAAGUGCUGGACUGCGCCGGAAAAAGUGACCCGAUUCCUGCUCCAGGCCGCCGACGCCGCUUACAUCCAACCCGAGCCCUUGGGCGUCGUCCUAAUCAUUGGAGCGUGGAAUUUCCCGGUUCAGCUUCUCCUAGCACCAGUUGUUGGGGCUCUGGCCGCUGGAAAUACGGUAUUUUUGAAGCCCUCGGAGCUGGCUCCGGCCACGGAGAAAUUGUUCUUGGAAUUGUUUCCAAAAUACAUAAAAGAGAAUGUCGUGAAGGUUGUCAAGGCCGAUAAAGAUGAGACUGGGUGAGUAAAAUGGUUGUUUUUUAUAGGGCGAAGAGCUUGAGACCUUAUUUUAGAGUACUACGAGAAAUUUCUAAAAAAUGUGUCAUCAUGACACAUUUUUGGAAAAAUGAAAAAUCGUUGUUUUUUGUGGUAAAAGGAAUAGGAAAAUGCAAUGUGCGUUGAAUCCGAAAAUGUGUUUUGAUGCUAUAGACCUUAUUUUAGAGUCUAACGAGAAAUUUCUAAAAAUGUGUCAUCAUGACACAUUUUUUGAAAGAUGAAAAAUCGGUGGUUUUUGUGGCAAAAGGGAAUCGGAAAGUGCGUUUUGAUGCUAUAGACCUUAUUUUAGAGUACUACGAGAAAUUUCUAAAAAAUGUGUCAUCAUGACACAUUUUUGGAAAAAUGAAAAAUUGGUGGUUUUUAUGGUAAAGGGUUUAGGAAAAUGUGUUUUGAUGCUAUAGACCUUAUUUUAGAGUCUAACGAGAAAUUUCUAAAAAAUGUGUCAUCAUGACACAUUUUUGGAAAAAUGAAAAAUUGGUGGUUUUUAUGGUAAAGGGUUUAGGAAAAUGUGUUUUGAUGCUAUAGACCUUAUUUUAGAGUCUAACGAGAAAUUUCUAAAAAAUGUGUCAUCAUGACACAUUUUUGGAAAAAUUAAAAAAUCGGUGGUUUUUGUGCUAAAGGGCUUGAGAAAAUGGGUUUUAAUGUUAGAAAUUAAAUUUUUCUUUUUUUUCAGCGAGAUCCUGAAGCUCCGUUUCGACCACAUCUUCUUCACCGGCUCCACGAAUGUCGGCAAAAUUGUAAUGAAAGCCGCGGCCGAAAACUUGACCCCAGUCACCCUGGAACUUGGCGGAAAAAGCCCGGUUAUCAUUGAUUCGGAUGUCGAUCUCUACACUACGGCCAGGAGAACCAUGUGGGGGAAACUGCUGAACGCCGGCCAAGUUUGUGUCGCUCCCGACUACGCGAUUAUCAUUGGAGAUUCGGAAAGAAGAGACAAAUUUGUGGAGGAAUGCAUCAAGAACGUCAAAGAGUUCUAUGGGGAAAACGCCAAGGAAAGCGAACAUUAUGGAAGACUCGUCAAUACGAUCCAGUUCGAGUGAGUUUUUUGGAGUGACAAAUGAUUGGAGGUUUGGAAAAAAAUUGAUGUAAUUUGAUGGGUAAAGUAAUAUAUUAGCUGAAUGAUAUAUUAUUUUAGAGACAAUUCCAGGGGCUUUUGAAUGUAAUAUUAAAUGGAUUUUUGAACUGGGUAUGGAGCUUUGAGUUUUCGGCAUGUUAAUUUAGACGUCAGAUGAGUUUGAUGUGUGGCACAAAAAAGGUUGCUGCUUGAUGGGUAAAAUAAGAUGAAGGCUAAAUGAUAUGUCAUUUUGAAGCUGAUUGCAUAGACUUUCACAAAUCCUGAUCAGAUCUUUUGAUUUCGGAGGAUAUUUUGCGAUAUGGCCAUAUUGAUUUUGACAUUAGAUGAGCUUGGUAAAAGAAAACAAAGUGGUCGCUGCUAGAUCGAUUAAAUAGCAGCUACAUGGUCUCGUACUUGGUUUAAAAGUUUGUUUUAUGGGCUUUCGAACGUAGUAAUCACUUUCUUGAUGCGGGUUUUAUGAAUCGAGUUAUGACCAUGUUGAUUUAGACAUUAGAUGAGCCUGGUAGCGGAUGAAAAGUUGGUGGCUGUCACAUGGAAAAAAUAGUAUCAGACUUAGUUACGGUAUCAUUUGAAAGCUGAUCUCAUAUAUUUUGUAAUAGUUAAAGAGGUUAUUUACAUAAGGCAAUCUUUCUUGUCGUUUGGCAGUGUUAAAGUUAGGGGUAGAUGACCAUUGGUAAGAUUGACAAAAAUUUGUUUUAAUGUCCAUUUAUACCCGAAAUAUGAUUGCCGUAUAAUUUCAGCCGUCUUUCCAAGGUUCUCUCCGAAUCCAGCGGCAAGAUGAACUACGGAGGAGCCAAAGAUCGCGACUCCAAGUACAUCGAACCUACUAUAAUAUCCGUGGAAGAAGGCGAUGCCACACUCAAAGACGAACUCUUUGGCCCCAUCUUGCCGAUCCUCACCCUCCCCUCUCUAGAUGACGCUAUAAAAUACGUGAAUCGACGUGAAAAGCCGUUGGUUUCGUAUCUUUUCUCCGGCCGAAAGCAGACCAUCGAUCGGGUCACCCAUGAAACUUCGUCCGGAACUCUGACAAUCAACGAUACGAUUAUGCAUAUGACAUUGGAAACCCUGCCAUUUGGAGGUGUUGGCCACUCAGGAACUGGAAAAUACCAUGGGAAAUCGACUUUCGAUACGUUCUCGCACAAGAAAAGUGUUUUCCAUCGAACCGCAGGCUUCGAGAAACUGUUGUGGUGAGUAUUUAUUUGUAGAGAAUGGUAGGAGCAGGUGUGAAGAAACAUUUGAGAGGUGAAAGACGCUGUAGAAUGAGUAAAUUUGGCAAAAUUAUAUUACUUUAGGCAAUGCUUGAUAAAAAUUUCGAUUUUUGAUUGAGAAAAUUUUUUGAGUUGUAAAAUACGAUAGAAAAUACUGAGUAGAGUAUUUUAAUAGUACUGAGUUUAUUGUGGAGUAAUAUAGAAUAGUUUAAAAUGGUUUAAAAUACAGGAUUUUCAAUUUUUUUCUUGAAUUUUUAGACACCUUUUUUCGUAUAAAAUGUCUUCAAAUUUCCAUUUUUGAUGAUUUUCGGAAGCGCAGCAGGCCAAACCGUAUUUUAAAUUUAAUUUGGUCUAUUUUCAGGAUGCGUUAUCCCCCCUUCAACGCCGAUAAACUGACCUGGGCGCGCCGCCUCAGCAUGAAGAUCAGAUUACCCUUCUAA